AUGCAGUCUUCCGUGUCGGCGACACAUCCUUCUUGGAGUGCCGUCGGAAACGACGGCAACGAGCAGGGGAGUCCUGAUGCGUUCACCCAGGGCACAGGGCUUCAGUCGACGGCGUCAAUGCCCACAGGAGUGGCAACGACGACAACGAAUCCCGAUUUGAUCGUUCCGUCAAUUUCAAUCGAUGGACUCGCCAAGGGAAUGCAGAAUAUAAGUAUGGAUCGGGAAGUUAGUGAAGGAAUUUGGUCGGCCAACGAUGGAACGAUGCCUUCAAGUCAAUUUGACUCAUCUGGUGGCCGAUUUGAGCAGCCCGUUCCUUCUCCAGGCAACUGGCCCCCGCCGCAGCAGAUGCCCCAAAGUCUCGGGGCUCAAACGGGGCAGAUUCCCUCCACGGCCUGGGCGAACGAGCACAAUCCGAACAACAGCGGCGAUGCCGUCAACAAGACAUGGGCUCUGAAUGGGAUGGAUAAAGCGGACUUAUGGGCGGAUGGAGGACUUAAGCCACCUGAAGCGCCAGGCCAGAAUCCUGGUGCUCCACCAAUGCUUCAAGAUUACCAACAAAUUCAGCAGCUACAGCUUUUACAGCUUCAAACAGCAGCGCUUUCCCAGCAAAACAACAUGCUAAACAUGUCUUUGUACAAUCAGCAAUUUCCCCCAUCGUCUAUGGGCCCCUCAAUGCCUGGCAUGCCAAAUCCAAUGACAGAGAGACCCGAAAAUUGCUUGUGCAAUAUAAAAAAAAACCUGUCAAUGCAGUCCGUGCCCGGUUUCAAUCAAACCAACCUCGGUGCUCUCUCAAAUCCGCUGAAUCUCGCUUCGCAGUUGCAAAAUCAACAAAGUCUCUACGGCCUGAAUCAGAAUCUGAAUGCUCCUCAAAUCGACCCCCGACUUCGGCUCAUUCCCUCGCAGAACUCAUUAGGCACGGGAAAUAUUCUGAGCCCAUGGUUGACACCCGGCUUUGGCUUGGGGAACGAAGGUAAUCCGACGUCGCCGAAUUUGCAGUCGCCGCAUCACGUACCGAGGAGGGAUUCUGAUCCAAGAAUGGGACAGUAUAAUUUGCACAUGCGAUCGAACUCUGGGGUCAUGUACAAUGGAAUCACAAGCCCUGGGCCAGAUCUUGUUACUCCACCGCCACCAAUUGGCGUGAAUACCUUCGGCCUGGGUUUGGCACAUGGCGAUUCUGGCCGAUACAGCUCGAAUUCCCUCGGCUUCCCAGCUACCCGAUCUAUGGGCUCUUUCGAUGGACUUUCUGGUAGAUCAAGGCUUUUGGAAGAUUUCCGAAACAACCGACUUACCAAUCCGCAGCUGCGCGACUUGCUCAACCAUAUGGUCGAAUUUAGCCAAGACCAGCAUGGAUCUCGCUUUAUUCAACAAAAACUCGAGCGUUGCAAUCCGUCCGACAGGCAAUUAGUCUUCAACGAAAUCAUUUCCCACUCGUACCAGUUGAUCAUUGACGUUUUUGGAAAUUACGUGAUCCAGAAGUUCCUGGAAUUCGGCACCGCCGAGCAAAAGCAACAAAUUGUCGAUAAUAUCAAGGGAAAAGUUCUGCAGUUAUCGCUUCAGAUGUACGGAUGCAGAGUGAUUCAGAAAGCGCUAGAAUCUCUCAACCAGGAACAACAAAUGAUCAUCGUAAACGAGUUGCAAAACUCGAUACUGCGCUGUGUCAAGGACCAAAAUGGAAAUCACGUGAUUCAAAAAGUAAUUGAAUGUCUUCCUGCUGACAACUUAGAGUUUAUCAUCUCUGCUUUCAAUGGCCAAGUGGUUGGUCUUUCUACGCAUGCUUAUGGCUGCAGAGUUGUGCAGAGAAUACUCGAGCAUUGUACGGAGGAACAGUACAAGCCCAUUAUGGAGGAAAUCCACAAAAACCACGAAAUGUUGAUCCAAGAUCAGUACGGAAACUAUGUGAUCCAGCACAUCCUGAACCGCGGCAAAAUGGAAGACAGGCAGAUGAUCCUGCGCGCCGUCAUGGGCCGCAUCGUCACCCUUUCUCAGCACAAGUUCGCUUCAAAUGUCAUUGAGAAAUGUGUGACCACGUCGAAUAGAACUGAACGAGCAGCGUUGAUCGAAGAGGUCUGUCAGAAUCCUGACAGUCUCUUUAUCAUGAUGAAGGAUCAAUUCGCGAAUUACGUCGUCCAGAAAAUGCUGGACAUGGGCGAUGCCGCCCAGCGCCAGAAAAUGGUGCAAAAGAUGAAGCCCCAUGUGUCCAAUUUGAAGAGGUUCACGUACGGCAAGCACAUCCUGUCGAAGCUCGAGAAAAUUAUUCUACACUCGCAGAACGGCGAGAUCCGUCCCACUUCGUGA